CUCCAUCUCUUAAAAGCUCGUGCUCGAUCUCUUAAUGAAGCAGCAAAAGUUGUGUCAUUUAAAGACGCGUUUGCUUCCUCCUCGCCAUCAUUAUCAAAUGAUACAGUUGCUCACUUGCAAGGUGUCAAAAUGUCUUGGUGAUAUUUAGCAAAGACUUUUCAUAUUCGAAGUCGGUAUCACAUCGGUCAGUUUGUGGAACUUCUUUUAUCUCACCGGUGUCUGUUGUGGGCAGGAUCGUUUUUUAGAAGUAGAAUUCAGAAGUCCUUUUCUCCUAUACAUAACCGAAUUUUGAAGAAUUGUUUUUCGACGUUUUGAAAAUGAUGACGACGACGGACGGGAUGUCGGACCCGAGAUCGGACAAUGAAUCCGCGGAUUUUAGCGGCAAUAACAUGUCCGGAGACGAUAUGGACGAAAGAGCGUCGCUGGACUCUUUCCGUGAUGACCAACAGUCACCCUUGUCCGGUUCAUCGCCGCUUCACCCUCAUCAUCACAACGAAAACUACCAUCAUCUUCAUCAUCAUCAUCAUCUUCAUCACAACAAUCACCACUUCGAGCACAAAUUCCCUGUGGGCCACGCACCCGUCUUGAUACCCACACCACAUCACAACCUCAUUGAUCACCGGAACGAAAGUCACCUGUCAUCAACGUCGAGCACAACCAGGGCUUCGUUCUCAAUAGCAAACAUCCUCAGUGGUGAUCAUACCUCGACAUCGAACUCGAAAACCGAGUCAAAACUCGACAACGAUAUCAUAGACAAGAACAACAAUAAUCAUGAGUCGAGGUUAGAGCGAUCGCAUGGAAAAUCAGAAAAUGAGGACUUGUCGAAGCUGAAAUCGUCGUCGACACCGACUCGUGGCGUGGUCAGACCAGAAAGAGAAGGUGGAGUCGGUGUGGGUUUGGUGAGACCGACAGCGGUGCGCGAACUUGGACCCGUACCACCCGUCGGCCCGAUGAUGCCGAAUGGUUUGAACGCAUCGCCGCUGGCGUCUCCGCUGGCUGAAUACCACUACCAGUUUGGUGUACCUCACUCGUUGACGGCGGCGGCUGCUACACCAUGGUCACCUUGGUGCCAGCCCGCUGGCUUCGGGAGGCCUCCCAUUUCAGGCCCUAAACCCGUCGGACGAAGACCGAGGAAGCCAGGUGUUGAUCGGAAGCCAAGACAGGCCUACUCGUCCAAGCAACUAGAACGGCUGGAAGAAGAAUUCAAAGCAGACAAAUAUCUUAGUGUGAGCAAGAGGCUGGAAUUGAGCAUGUCACUCAAUCUUACCGAGACACAGAUCAAGACAUGGUUUCAGAACAGACGAACCAAAUGGAAGAAGCAGAUGAUGGCGCGUUUAAAGAUGGCCCACCGCCAAGGCCUCUGGGCGUCACCCUUCAUGCCCACCUGGUUCGGCUCAGCCCUGGCAUCCUACCCAGCAGCGGCCGCAGCAGCCACCUACGGUUCUCUCCUCGCCGCCCCUAGACCAGUCAUGCCCGGAGGACCAGGACCAGGACCAGGACCACACCCAAUGCACCUACCAAUGCCGCCACACCUCACACCACACCCCUCCUCCCUAGCCGCUCCCACUCCGCUUCACAUCGCUACAUCGUCCAGUUCGCCUCGAGGUUUACUGGCGCCACAGCAGUGAACUUGAGAGAGACGAAAUCAUAAAUCCAGGCGAUUUUUUCAUGCUUUACCUCUAUUUCAUUUGAAUAUGCAAAUUUUGAACACAAAAGGGGUCACGGACCGCAUACGUCACCUGCAUACAUGAUUAUGAUAGCCUAUUACUUACCAGGUAUCUGAAAGCAGCAGAUGUCCUUAUUUUUGGCGUUCGUUAUUCCCUAUUUAAAACUAAAUAUAUCAGUGUAUGAUAAUGAUAAGAAUUUAUCUCUGUAAUUUGGUUAACCAAAAACAUGCAGAUCAGAAUGACAAGUAAUUUGUUUAUUUGUUACAUCUUCCGUCGUCAAAGACGUUAAAAUGAAAUGUUAA